UGGAGUGGCACCCAUGGAGGACGGGCCAGGUUGGGGUUCCAGGCCUGAUGGAGCGCAGUUCGGCUCCGUGUCCCGGGCAAGUCCUCUUCCUCCUCUGCCGAGCUCGGUUUCCUCCUCUACCCAGCAGAGAGAGAAGGAGGGAAGGAGAGAGGAAAACACGCCUCUCGCCCUGCACCGGGGUGCGUGCGCCCCGCAUUUGACCGCGCACUUGUUUUUUCAGACACACCUGGUUGUGCAAUGCGGCCGCCUAAAGGCCGCUGAGCAGCGAAAGCGGGAACACCCACAGGGCGCGCCCCUCUCGGGCGCUGGGGCCCACCCACCGGCGGGAGGCGCCAGCGCCCUGACCCUCGCCGUCGGCGCCCCGCGCGCGCCCCCAGCCGCGGCCUCCCGGGGCAGAGGUGAGGCCUGCGCGGCCAUGGCGGAACUGGCGGCUGAGGCCGAGGACAUGGACGCCCUCAUCGACGACCUGGACUACCUCCCGGGCCACUUCCACCUGGAGAUGCAGCUCAACUUCGAGCCGCGCUCGCCGGCGCCGCUUCGCGCCCGGGACCUGAAGCUGCAGCGGGACGGGCUGCGGCAGGAGCUGGAGCUGGCGGCCGCCCCGCAGCGCCCGGCCGUGCGCCACCUCCUGGGCGCCUUCGCCUUCUACCUGGAGGAGCUGGACGAGGCCCGGGAGCGCUUCCUCGAGGUGGCCCGCGAGGACCCCGACAACCUCAACGCCUGGGCCAACCUGGCGCACGUCCACGGGCGGCUGGGCCAGGAGGACGAGGAGGAGGCGUGCGCCGCGCGGCUGGCCGCUCUGGUGCAGCUGGAGGCCGAGCCCGGGGCCGCCGGGGCCCCGCCGCUCCGCGCCGCGCGCUGCCUGGCCGAGCAGGGCUACGCGCACGGCUUCGACGUGGGCUGCGCAGACGCCCGGGAGCGCGCGCGGGUGCUGGCGGCCGGCAUCGCGCUCUACGACAAGGCGCUCAGCUAUGGCCGGCAGGUCUCAGUGGAGGAGAAGAGGGGCUGGUACUUCACCAUGGCAACACUCCUUAUCAGGCUAGAUGGCCUCUUCCUGGAGCUGGGCAGUGAGGAGCAGAGGCGGCUGCCUGGUUUCAACCGCACACUGGCCUUGCUCCGGCAGGUCCUCAAGUCCACGGACCCCCAGUACAGAGCUCUGGCCUGGUGCUACCUUGGGAUGAUGCUGGAGAGGAAGGACACAUUCUCCACUACCCCCAUGGGCAUCCAUGACUAUGGCUACUCGGGCACUGACCCCCUGGACUGCUUCAGCAAGGUACGUGUCCCCAGACACCCCACCACCCACUCUCCAGGAAGGAACCUGACAUCACAACCUCCUUCCUCUCCUAAGCCUGAUGCUCUAGGUAUUACUCCUUCUUCCAACCAGUCCAUCGAGAUUGCCAAGGACCAACCCCCCAUCCUGAAUCGCCUGGCCAAAAUCUUCCACUUCCUAGGAAAGCAGGACAUGGCCAUAGGAAUCUGCAACAUGGCCCUGGAUGUGCUUCGAGACCCAGAGCUCAACUGGCAGGCGUACUGCACGAGGGCCAAGAUCCACAUCAAGGCCUACCUGCACGACCUGGAACGGGCCAAGCUGGGGCUGGGGGGCAUGCCUGACAGGAACCACCUGGCCUGUGCCAAGGCUGACCUGGAGGAAGUGGUCAAGGUAUGCCCAGGCCUCAAGACCUACCUGGACAUCGGUCAGGUCUACUACUACAUGGGCGUGGACGCCGUGCAGGAGCUGCUGGCGGUGGACGAGGCGGCGCUGAACCAGGCGCUGGUCUUCCUGGCCAAGGCGGGCGAGUCGGAGGUGGGCGCCACGCUGCCUGAGCUGCAGCUGUUGCGGGGCAAGUGCCUGCGCAUCAAGGGCGAGGAGGCCAACGCCGCCGCCUGCUUCAAGCGCUCGGUGGAGCUGGACGACGAGGGUUCAUGCCACGCCGAGGGCUUCGGCUGCCUGCUGGAGGCGCUGCUGGCGCAGUGGAGCCAGGCGCAGCUGAGCGAGGGCGAGCUGGGCAGCGAGGUGGACACCUGGCUGCACCGUGCCCGGGACAAGUACCCCGCGGCGCGCCUGCGCCAGGAGCUGCAGCGCGUGUGGCGCGGCCACACGGCUGAGGUGCUGGCGCUGGCCCGGACCUUGGUAGCCCAGGGCCGGCCCGCGCUGGUGCGGCUGCUCUUUGAGACCAUGGAACUGGAAGGUGACAGCGCCGGGGGCUCGCGGGGACGCCGUGCCUUCUCCUUCUGAGGGCCAGGCGGGCUGGCGAGCGGCGCCCAUGGGAGUCUCACUUUGCAAUUGGAAUUGGGGGAGGCGGGUAGUGGCUUGGACACUUAGCGCAGGCUCCCGACCCAGAGGUAGAGGACCUGACUCAGGACAGGGAGGGUGGCCCCAGGGCAGAUGUCAGCAGCCAUGAGAAGCUGCCUAUGGAAGGACAGAACUUUGCAAACAUGCAGAGAAAAUAAGAUGACUGUGAGCCUCCUAAGAGAUAGAGCCUACACAUGGAAGGUUCUCUAGCCCUGGGCCCGAGGAUCUGGUUUGUUUGUUUGUGGAAGUUCAAAAAAGUCCCCAUACUUAAACUAGGAGGCACAGGGGGAAGGAUCUCAGGUUCUAAUGCGGGGUGGGGGGGGUGCAGAGAGGGUGCUCUGGCCUCUUCUCUGCCUCUUCUGCAGUCCGCCAGCAUGAUUCAGCCUGGGUCAGUUUGGUUUGAAAGGUCCCUGAAUAAGCCCUUCAAUCAAACCUUUGCUUGAUAUCACUAUUCAAAGAACCAAGGAGUCCCACUCCUUGGGAAGUGCCAUCUGUGCCCAGUUUUAACACUGUCACAAAAGAAUGAAGAAAAUCUUGAACUUCACAUUCCUGGAAUCAGUAAUUAGAGAAUCUUCUAUGUGGAUUUUUUUUUAUUGUCAAAGACUUCAAUUCUAAUUUUCACAAAAUCUUAAAACUAGCCAUCUGGAUUCUUUUAACAAUAUUUUAUUUCAUUUAUUUAUUUUGGCUAGAGGCUAAGAGAAAUUGAAAGGGAAGGGGGGAUAGAAAGGGAGAAACCAGGGAGUUGGUGGUAGCAUAGCAGGUUAAGCACACGUGGUGCAAUGUACAAGGACCGGCCUAAGAAUCCCAGUUUGAGCCCCUGGUUCCUCAUCUGCAGGGCAGUCGCUUCACAAGUGGUGAAGCAGGUGUGCAGGUGUCUAUCUUUCUCUCCCCCUCUGUCUUCCCCGCCUCUCUCCAUUUCUGUCUGUCCUAUCUAACGACGGCAUCAAUAACAAUAACUACAACAAUAAAAAACAAGGGAAACAAAAGGGAAAAUAAA